AUGCCUUCACCGCCUCCAUUUGGCUACUACGUUCCUGCCGUUUGCUUCUUCGAUGAAAAGGAAGACCUUGAUGCUCGCGCGAUCAAAUCUCACAUUCUGAGAGUAGCCAAGGGUGGUGUUGCUGGUAUCAUUGUCCAAGGUACCAACGGCGAAGCUCAGCACCUAUCCCAUGAAGAGCGCAAGCAGACUAUAUGCUUAACUAGACAAAUACUCGAUACAAACGGAUUCAGCAAUAUUGUCAUUCUCGCAGGAUGUGGAGCCCAGUCGGCGCGAGAGACACAAAAGCUCUGCGUUGAUACGAAAGAAGCGGGGGCCGACUACGCGCUGAUUCUAUCACCGUCGACAUUUCCGCCGCAAAUGUCUGUUCCAAAUGUCAUUCGAUUCCAUCUUGAGGUUGCCGACGCAUCCCCCACCGUGACCGCCGGUCUAGACCUCGACUCUGACGCGCUCGUCACCCUAGCCAAACACCCCAACAUCGUCGGUGCGAAGCUCACCUGCGGAAACAUCGCCAAACUGCUCCGAAUAGCUUCCUCUGUACCCGCUUCGGAAUUCGCUGUCUUGGCAGGGAAAGCCGACUUCGUCCUUCCCGGUUUGUUAGCCGGCAGCCGUGGGUGCAUCACCGCACUCUCCAACCUUACGCCCAAGCUCCAUGGUAAACUGUUUUAUUUGUGGAAGGUGGCUAAGGGUGAGGAAGCGAUGAGGCAGCAGGCGACGAUGGGACACGCCGAUUGGGCUCUUCAGAAAUUGGGAGGUAUCGGAGCAUAUGGAUACGGGACAGGGAAGGUGAGGACACCACUAAAGGAGGUGACGGAUGAAUCUCUGCAGGGAAACAAGCACUACGAGAUGCUGAUUGAUCUGAUCCGCAUGGAGGAGAGGCUGGAUUCGAAACUGUAG